AUGAGGCAGGCCAGCAGCUCCAUCAAAUCAACCACGGAUUUGAGCAAGACGAGGGUGGUGUUCGUGUCGCACGGAGCGCCUACCUUGGCUAUCGACCGGCAGCACCCGUCCCACCAAUUCUUCAAGCAGCUGGGCAAGCAGCUCGGCCGGCCUAAGGCCAUUGUCUGCAUAUCCGCGCAUUGGGAGGAACAGAAGGCUGCAGUGAACACAGCGCUCGCGCCUCCCCAGAUCUACGAUUUCUAUGGCUUUCCGGAUGAGAUGUACCAGAUCAAGUGGACACCUGCGGGGUCACCCGACAUCGCCGCGCGCGUGGCGGAAGCCCUCCGGGCCGAGGGCAUUGAGUGCCGAGGGGACCCCAAGCACGGUCUGGACCAUGGGACCUGGGUGCCGCUGCACCUCAUGUACCCCGAGGCCGACAUCCCCGUUCUCCAGCUCUCCCUCAUCGACUCCUUCGAGCCUCGCCUCCACUUUCGAAUGGGCAAAGCGCUGACGGCGCUGGUCAAGGAGGAAGACGUGCUGGUGAUCGGGAGUGGUCUCAUCACACACAAUCUGCGCGAUUGGCGCGCCUUCAAGAAGAGAGAGCAAUGGGCGGUGGACUUUGACAAGUGGGUCGAGGAAGGGGUGACAAAGACGGGCAAGGAGCGCGAGGACCACUUCGCCACGUUUAAGCAGCACCCGCUCAUUCACGAUGCCCACCCUCGCGUUGAACACUUUGUUCCGCUACUGCCCCUCGUGGGCGUAUCUGGUACUGGAAAGGCGAUCAAGUUGCACGAGCACUGGGAUGGGAGCUUCUCCAUGGCAGCCUACGCCUUCCCCUUUGUCACACCCGAGGAGGAUAGCGCCACCACCUCUGCUCCGGCCGACGAACUGUAA